GGGGGGUGUGUGUGUGCGCGCUCGGAGGUUUCGGGCCAGCCACCGCCGCGCUAGCUAGAAGCGCCCCAGCCCGGCAAGCUGGCUCACCCGCUGGCCACCCAGCACAGCCCGCUGGCCCCUCUCCUGCAGCCCAUCUGGAGGAGCGGCGGCGGCGGCGGCAGGAGAAUGGCAUCAGAACUGGCAAUGAGCAACUCCGACCUGCCCACCAGUCCCCUGGCCAUGGAAUAUGUUAAUGACUUCGAUCUGAUGAAGUUUGAAGUGAAAAAGGAACCGGUGGAAACCGACCGCAUCAUCAGCCAGUGCGGCCGUCUCAUCGCCGGGGGCUCGCUGUCCUCCACCCCCAUGAGCACGCCGUGCAGCUCAGUGCCGCCUUCCCCCAGCUUCUCGGCGCCCAGCCCGGGCUCGGGCAGCGAGCAGAAGGCGCACCUGGAAGACUACUACUGGAUGACCGGCUACCCGCAGCAGCUGAACCCCGAGGCGCUGGGCUUCAGCCCCGAGGACGCGGUCGAGGCGCUCAUCAGCAACAGCCACCAGCUCCAGAGCGGCUUCGAUGGCUACGCGCGCGGGGCGCAGCAGCUGGCCUCGGCGGCUGGGGCCGGCGCCGGCGCUUCCCUGGGCAGCAGCGGCGAAGAGAUGGGCCCCGCCGCCGCCGUGGUGUCCGCCGUGAUCGCCGCGGCCGCUGCACAGAGCGGCGCGGGCCCGCACUACCACCACCACCACCACCACCACGCCACCGGCCACCACCACCACCCGACGGCCGGCGCGCCGGGCGCCGCGGGCAGCGCGUCCGCCUCGGCCGGUGGCGCGGGCGGCACGGGCGGCGGGGGCCCGGCCAGUGCCGGGGGCGGCGGCGGAGGUGGCGGCGGCGGCGGCGGCGGGGGCGCGACGGGGGCGGGGGGCACCCUGCACCCGCACCACGCCACCGGCGGCCUGCAUUUCGACGACCGCUUCUCCGACGAGCAGCUGGUGACCAUGUCGGUGCGCGAGCUGAACCGGCAGCUGCGCGGGGUCAGCAAGGAGGAGGUGAUCCGGCUGAAGCAGAAGAGGCGGACCCUGAAAAACCGCGGCUAUGCCCAGUCCUGCCGCUUCAAGAGGGUGCAGCAGAGACACGUCCUGGAGUCCGAGAAGAACCAGCUGCUGCAGCAGGUCGACCACCUCAAGCAGGAGAUCUCCAGGCUGGUGCGCGAGAGGGACGCGUACAAGGAGAAAUACGAGAAGUUGGUGAGCAGCGGCUUCCGAGAAAACGGCUCCAGCAGCGACAACCCGUCCUCUCCCGAGUUUUUCAUGUACCCAAGGGAAUCCUCUACAUCAGUGAUGUGAAAAAGCCUGUUGCCUGAAGUCAAAGAGAAAAUAUGAUGCUGGCAUGCUAAUUGCGUGAGACAACCUGGCCCACAGACAGCCACAAAGCACAAAAACAAAACUCAGAGAAGAAGCAAGAAUGGUGUUUUCCUGGCGUCAACAAGAAGCGCUUUAUUUUUCCUCCAGAUUUCUUUUCUAAAAAAAAAAACAAAAAAAAAACAACACAAAACAAAAACAGCAACAACAAAAAACCACCCCAAAACUGAAACUGAAACUUUGAAAGGACAAUGACAAACUUCAGGUGAUACUAUUCGAGCAUGUUCUUUUAUUAAGCAUAGGAUGGGAGGGGUAACAGGAAUGGUAUGCAGAACGCUCAAGCAGGUGCGCUGGGGGCUGCGGCCCUCCAGCGUCCGGGCUGCUAGGUGAAGCUCUGAAUGAAGCAUGAAGGGACUGACGUUUCACCCCUGCCCCCAAAUGACCCUGUCAGUUCUUAUGGACACAGUGCUGCUUUCCUCUCCUGCCGGUCAAGGCACUGAGGGGGUGCUUGGCAAAAUUUGUUUGCUGUAAUCUCUAAAGAAUUUUUUGUAUAGUUUGGCAAGGGAGUCAAAGGACUAGGACCUUCAUCUGUGUAUUCCACCGAUUUCUCAGUGUCACAGUGUCACCUCCAUCUUUGCUGACCAGGACGAAGUUCGGCGGUCUCUCUCCGGGAGCUGCCAAGCCCACUGAGACUUGGUCUGAAUGAAGGAAACAAUGAGCUCCGGGAUCAAUGCAGCAAAGAAGGUUAAACCCUCACUUUUCUUCCCUAAACAGGAGAAAGCUCCUGGCUGCAGUGUGGCUGUUGGGGUGGCUGGGUAGGACAGGGGGCACCAGGCUAUUCUAGACAGUGAAACAGAAUUGCUUGGGCUUCUGCAAGGAGACAACAAGGAAGGACCCCACAUAACAACUGAGCAUUCCCUUUCAAACAGGCCAUCACCAGGAAAGCAAAGGAACCCAAGCGUAAGCCAGCCCCAGAAUUACCCCUGGAAUCAAUUCCCUGCUUCCGAUUGGUACUUAACAUUUUUCCAUCUGCUUUGACUACUCUUACUCCCUUUACCCUGGUGGACCUGUGUGGGAGGGACAUGGAAAGGCACCCAGGGUGGUAAGUUGGAAGGGGUCUCGCGUUGGCAGUGGCGCACACGCACGCACACAGCGGGUGGUGUGCGUGCCCAGGUCUGUGGGGCUCCCUCUUAGCUGGCCUGGCCUUCGCCGAGCGCUUCUUGGAUCAGCCUCUCGCUGAGCGCCCACAGGGCCCGGGCGGUCUCCUCACUCUGGGCUUCCGCGGAGGGCAGGCAGCGGCAGCAGUUGUUGAAAUACAUCCCUCCCAGGCCCUCCAGUUCAGGAGCAGCGGCGCAGUAGACAGUGGUGGCAGCUCCUUGUUGCUAGAAAUCAAAGGGAAGAGACAAAAAAAGAAAAAGUUGUUUGUUUAUUUUUUUUAAGAAAAGAGGUGAUGGGAUGACUUUCCUCUGACUAGGAAUUAGCAGGCCUCUCCCCACCCGGCCCGGGUGCAAGGGGCGCUCUCAGCAUCAUGGCAAAGGGGACUGGCCGGUGUGCACAGACUGUAAAAGGGAGGAUUGCGCAUCCUGGAAAAACGAGUUCGUAAACCCCGCUCCUCAAGCUGGUGUGACUCUUUACACCUCGCACAGGAAAAGGCUUAAAAAAUAAAUACAUCAAUCAUAUCAGACAACUCUUCCUAGCAAAGAGGAAAAGAUGGCAAGAAGGAAUUCAUCCAAUUCCUUGAGUUCUCCGUGCAUAAUGUAUUUUGACACCAAGAUGUUUCUAGAACCUUCUGUCUGAAUUAAACCAACUACUCUAAUAACAGCCCAUCAGGUAGAAAACGCGAGUGGGGCUUGUGCCACAUCGUUCCUUUAGGCUUUGCCCAAGGUGCUAUGUUGAGGGGGAGGGUUUGCAAUGCUACGUUGAAAUGUUUAAAACCCAUAUACCCAUGUUUCUACCCACACAUAUACACAUACACAUAUGAGCAUAUUCCCCACUCUACAUACAUGCCUUAUGCAGACACCUGACACAUUUAUUAAUUCAUCCAGAUCCUAUGAAAACCUUUUUCUGUCAUAUUCAUCCCAUAUUUGCAAUGGGGCAGUGGCUUAGAAAGUACAUCUCCCCGCCCACUUCAACACGCAAGUUGCAAUGAGGGCAAUUGAUCACUUUCAGUUCACCUUUUGAAUAACGGUUGGCACUGUGGCUAGGGGUGUGUGCGCCAAGGAGGCCCCACAUCAUUCGAGCUGACAGAAUACUGUCAGGCAUGCUGUAAAGGGGGCAAGAAAUCACUUUGCUUUGCAAGCCAUAAUUAAAAAUAAUAGGCUGGUGUUCGUAGGGAGACACGGUAGGCACGGCUCUAAUUUAAAACCAAUACAGUUUAUCUGGCAUCUUAUGAUUAUUUAUGUGCAUCACAGCCCUGUUGCAUCAACUAAUUAUAGGCUGAUAGGGAGGAAGGUUGCACAAGAGGAUGGAGAAAGGUAACUAGGGCUAAGGUCACCAUUAGAAAAACAUUAAGGACAUUCGAUUGAGGGGGAAAUGUGUGUCUGUCCCCACCCAAAGCUUACCAUUUUUCUGCCCCCUACAGGGUUUACAUUGUGCCCGAGCAGAGUGCUUAAUGGAAAAUCAUGCCCCACAAGUGGUUUGGUUUGCAUUCACUGGGACUGCAAUGUAGAACCUUUGGGAGUCAAGGUCUUCCUGGGACCGGGGACUCAAGAUGUCAUAAUUUCAGGAGAGUGCUACAAAGCAGACUUGGGUUUUGUUUCUUUGUUUGGGGAGCGCGUCAAUGUAAGGGGCUGUUGCUGCAUUUGAGUUAGUGUGAAAACCAAAUGGCCAACUGUACUUAAGGGACAUCUCUGUGGGGA